AUGGAAGUGAUUGAGGUGGAGAACGCCUGGCCGGACGUGGACGGAUUCCUCACGCGCAUUGUGAUGGAGACGAGCGCUAGGUCGAGCGUCAAGCCGCCGCUCCCGCUCAGGCCGGCGCUGUGCGGGGAUAUGGAUCCGGAUCGAUCGCUGCUCUCUCUCGGCGGCAGCGAUUUUAGCGGUGGUAGCAGCUCGAUCUCGCGGAAAUCCGUGUCGGCAGCGUCUUCGGCGUCCAAGAAGCUCUGCGUCGAGGUGCCAUGGCGAUAUUUCGAGGUCAUGUACAGCGUCAAGAAGAAAAACUCCAGGAAGCCAGGGCCGCGAUCCGAUGGCGUUCUUGCGGUCCAGGGAUCGAGCUACAAUCUGCUCGACAAGGACGGUUUUCAACUUUGUGAUCGAAGUAUUGGACGAGAUCCCCGAGGAAGAGUACCUCAGCGGGAAGAUCUUCUCAACGAGCAGGCCUACCUUUCCUUCUUCCGAAGGAUCGGACAUUACUGUCGAGUCCGCUCGGAAUCCUGGAAGAAAGACCAGCUUGUUCUCAACAUGGCAGAAGUUGCAAAUGGCGCUGCUCCAGUCGUUGUUGAUCCAUACAUCGCUUCUAAACUUCGACCGCACCAGAGGGAGGGAGUGAAGUUUAUGUACGAGUGCGUCAUGGGACUGAGAUCUCGCACAUUUACUGGCUGUCUACUAGCUGACGAAAUGGGUCUCGGGAAAACUGUGCAAGUCAUUGCACUGAUUUGGACGCUGCUUCGUCAGGGUUCUGGAGGAGUUCCCGCUGUAAGGCGAGCAGCAGUUGUUUGCCCGUUGACGCUAACCCGAAAUUGGGGAAAAGAGGUGCGUAAGUGGCUGGGCUCGGAAAGGUUGAAAGCAAUGGUCGUCGACUGCGCAAGAGAGGCAGCAGAAAAGAUAAUCGACUUCAAAAACGACAGCUUCUGUCCUCUUUUAAUCACGUCGUAUGAAAUACUAAGGAAGCACAAGGAUAUUGUUGCCUCGACGAAUCUUGAGCUUCUUAUCUGCGAUGAAGCUCAUCGACUGAAAAGCUGCAAGGGAAACAAAACGAUUGCGUCACUGGCUUCGUUGAACUGCAACAAGAGGAUUUUACUCACUGGAACACCCGCCCAGAACAACUUAAGCGAGUUUUAUGCUUUGCUUGAUUUUGCCAAUCCAGAGCUAUUGGGUUCCUACAACGAGUAUAAGAAUAUCUACGCUUCUCCCAUUGAGCAAAGUCGGGAUCGCAACGCCAGCCACGCUGAGAAAGAAUUAGGCUCAGAGAGAUCGGAAGAGCUGAAACAAAUGACAAGCUUUUGCAUCCUUCGAAGGACAUCUGAGAUAAACAAGGAGCACCUUCCACCGAAAUCAGAGUACGCCGUGUUUUGCAAACUUCACGAUGUUCAGAUUAGUCUUUACGAGAUAUUUGUCAAGUCUCAGUUCGUACGAACCAUGCUAAACUCAGAUAUUCAACGUGCGCACGUUCUUUCUGCAAUUGGAGCGCUGCGUAAACUUUCAAGCCAUCCGGGGCUGCUACAGAGUGAUAUGAAGCACGUUACGAGCGCGGAAAUUAAGAAUCAACCAUUUUUUCAUCGCGCCGAAGAAUUGCUUGAUCUUUCUGAUGUCCAAGCAUCCUUGAGAGAUGUCGUGAGGCACGAUUGGAGCCUAUCUGGAAAGUUCGUGUGCUUACAACAUCUUCUUUUAGCGACUAUACAAUGCAACGACAGAAUUGUGAUCGCUUCCAACUUCACACAAACCUUGGACUUGAUAGAGGCAAUGUGCAAUGAACACUCAUGGAAGUUCGUUCGACUGGACGGUGGAACCAUGAUAUCGGAAAGACAGUCACUCGUCGAACGGUUCAAUCGAAGAAUUGGAGAGGCGUCGAUCUUCCUCCUGUCCUCCAAAGCUGGUGGAACUGGCCUGAACCUCAUUGGGGCAAACAGGCUCGUUUUAGUCGAUCCAGAUUGGAAUCCAGCAAACGACGCGCAGGUGAUGAGUCGAAUAUGGAGAGAAGGCCAGCCGAAACCAGUAAAAAUAUACAGGCUUCUGUCCACUGGCAGCAUCGAGGAGAAGAUAUAUCAACGGCAAAUCAUGAAAAAAGAUCUGACGUCUUUCUUUGGUGAUCAGUCCACAUAUCAACCUACCUGUAAAAGAACGAACGACCAGAAGUUUAGCCGGCAGGAACUCAGAGAGCUUUUAAAAUUGCCUUCGGAAACAAAAUGCGAGACAUAUGAUCUACUGUGCCGGCUCAACACGCAACUGGAGGACAAAUGGAAAGACUCGUCAGGAAUGCUGGAUGACCACGUCUUACAGAGCGCGGUCGAAUCGGGAGUGACUACGUUCGUGUCAGCUGACUCGCCUCAAACGCAACAAAGCAGCGGAGGUCUCGAAAGAAAAGUUCGAUCGAUCAAACUUCACUGCGCCUCCAUUAACCAGCAUCGCAAGAGAAUGAAGAUUUCACCUUAUCAGGUUAGCUCGAAAAGGAAAGAGAGUUCCUCUCGAUAA